CUUGCCGCUGAUUGGUAAGCCGCCGCGCCAUGGCCUCGUCGACCUCUGAGGCAAUGGACGUUGACGACACCGCCAAGGACAGGGAUCGUGUGUCCGCCCUGGUGCGGCGUUACUUUGCGCAGCUGACCAGAGGCUGUGGUCGGCCAGGCUGCCCGAAUCGGCACUGCCGAAGCUCUGCAGACGCGAGUGAGCUCGACCCGACGCGCGCCGCGCUGCUGAGCCUCGAGCUGGCGCAGUGCGGCGACCACGCGCUCUGCGACGAGCUGCCUCCCUUCCUCUCCCUGCCGCUGCUGCAGCAGCUCUGCGCCUCCGCCUCGUCUGGCGCGCCAGAGAGUAUGCACGCGCUGGAGGCGUCGCUGGCGGAGGUCUUCUCGAGCGCCGAGGCGCUCAGCCGCUCCUUCGUCUCCAGCAGCGCCGCGCGCGAGGCGGAGGCCGCCCAGCUCGCCGUCGACCCCUCGGAGCUCAGCGGUGUGGACGCAGGCGCCGUCGGCGAGGCGUACUCGCUGCUCUUCUCUUCGCCGCCAGACAGCGCCGGCUUCACGGCCGCCGACCGGCUCGGAAACGUCGUCAUGCGCGGGGCGCACGCGCUGCUCCGCGGCCGCGGCGCCUACAAGCUGCUCACCGAGGGCAACUGCCCCCUGCAGAGAGAGGGCGGCUCCCUCCGCUGGCUGCUCGUACUGAUGGCCAACCCGCUGCUGCUUGAGCCGCAGCACCACAAGCCGGUGCUGCUGCCUCUCUGCUCGCUCAUCGCGUCGCUCGAGGAGGGCGCGGCCGCGCAGGUGGCGCGCUGGUGGUCGCACUGGCCGGAGCCUGCUCUCGCGAGGAUCGUGGCGAUCCAGCUCUUCCGGUGGGAGGAGCUCGAGCUGCUGCUGUGCGGCUCGCCAAAUCUCGACUUCGAGGCGCUGGAGCGGGUGACGCAGUACGACGACGGCUUCUCCUGCGACAGCCCGUGCAUCGCGCUGCUGUGGGAGGUGAUCCACGAGCUGCCGCUCGAGAUGAAGAAGAAGUUCCUCUUCUUUUGCACCGGGUCGGACCGGGUGCCAAUCAAGGGGCUCGGCAACCUCUCCUUCGUCAUCUCGCGCAACGGCUCCGACGAGGAGCGACUCCCGUCGGCGCACACCUGCUUCAACCACCUGCUGCUGCCCGAGUACACGACAAAGUCCAAGCUCAAGGCGCAGCUGCUCAAGGCGGUCUCGGACACCGAGGGCUUCCACAUCAUCUGACCGCCGGCCCGCGGCCGCAAAGCUCGAGUCGUGGAGGUGGAGAGCGCGCCGCGGUCCGUGAGAGGCCCGACACAAAAGAGCGGAGUCCGACCCUCGAGAGAGGGCCGACGGGAAAAAUCGUCGUUUGUACAGUACGUACCCGAAGGCGGACUGCGGACAGGGUUUGCGAUGAGGAGCGACUCCGAAGGGUGUUCGGGUUCGUGACCCGACUAACCGCCGAAGCGCAAGAGAACUG